AUGGGGGGGUGUGCCGCCAGGAAACCAGGGGCUCCCGGGGCAGCCGAGGGCCCGUGUGGGGGUCCCAGCUCCGGGAGGCCGCGUCAGGGAGAGCGCCAGAGCGGAGAGGAGCUGCCCACAGCUGCCGGGGGGGGGGGGGCGGCACUGCUGUGGGAGAGGGAGGAGGUCCCAGGGCGGCUUCGCCCGUUGUCCCAGACCCCAGCUGGGAGGCAGGCACACACAGUGACUUGGGCAUGGGUACUGGGCUCUGGUGGCCUGAGAGUGUCUCCCCAGCUGCACCCUCCCAGCCCCCUGGGGGGCGAUGCUGGCCCCUCCCAUCUUGCUUGGGAAACCUGCCAGGUCCCAGCUUCCUGCCCCCCGCCCCAGGUUCUGGCUGCCACUGUCCUGAGGCCAGCCAGUCGUCUGUCACCCAGUCACUGUUUUACUCUGUCCCACACGCUGCAUCUCACGGUGCCCAUCUGUCUGUCCCUUUGGUCACUGGCUGCUGCCACUGGACACUGCCUCUGCCUGUCCCUCCAUGGCCUGCUGCAGGGUCAGUGUCAUGUGUCACCGUGGCUUGGGCGCCCUGUGUCACAGCCACUGUGUCUGUCAGCCGCGUCACACUGAUGGCUGUAACCGCUAUGGCUGUGCCAGGUGCAGAAAAAGCGCCCGUAUUCCCUCCUCCAUUCACAGCCCUGCGGUCCAGUCCUGGUGACACUUCAUUCAGUAGCUAUUUGUCUUGCGCCCGCCAAGUGCAAGGCAGCUGGGGCCCGGCAGUGGUGCAGGAGACCGGAGCCAGCACACUCCACGGCUUUGGCUGGAGCUGGGAGGGCAGCGUCCUGUGAGGGACACAGCCCACUUCCGCGGUCACCUGGCUGGGCACUGCUGCUGUGUACCGUGAGCUGGCCAGGGCCCGGGGCCCUGGACGCCGCCCUCACACCGCGCGGGAUCCUGGGACCGCAGAGCCCAGGGUGUUACUGAUGAUGAGAGGGGCAGGGAGAGGACAUGCACACCACGCCGAGGCCAGGAGCGGGAGACUGGCAGGGGCUAGGGUAGACGUGGAGUCCCAUGGUGCAGGGAUGGCCAAGCCUUGCCCCCAGGGUCCUGGGAGGUGCAGGGGAGCCCUGGGGGCGGAGUGAAGGAGGACAGACCUGAGGCACAGGGUCACUCGGCCCCUCCUCCCGAGACACCGGCCAUGCCUGUGUCUGUGCAGCCUGUUUCAAGCCCACUGUGUUUGCCUGCGCCGUCGCGAGCUCAGCCCCAUGGUUAGAGCGCACGCACGUACAAGCCAGGACCCUGUCUGUAGCCCCCCGUGGGCCAGUCUGCAGCACCUGUGCCGGGUCGCACAGAGCCUGGGAACGGUGGUGAAGGAGAGCUGUGUGUGUGCCCCCUGGGGGUGCAGAGGGGUCCUGCAAAGCCCAGAGCACAGGGAAGGGGGGGAGAGCUGAGAGCCCCGCCUCUUGUCCCCGUGUCCGCCCUCCUCCCUGCCUGGCCUAGGAUGGACCACAGCAAGGACCUCCCGGCCAUCGAGAGGAACAGGGAGCUCCACGUAUGGAUCCUGGAGAACCAGAAGAUGCUGCCGGUCCCUGAGCAGGCUUACGGGAACUUCUUCGAGCAACACUGCUACGUCGUGCUGCACGUCCCUCAGAGCCCCAAGGCCCAGCAGGGCGCGCUCAGCGACCUGCACUACUGGAUCGGGAAGGAGGCGACGUUGGAGGCGCAGGGCGCCGCGGCCGCUUCCGUGCAGCGCCUGCAGGAGGCGCUGGAGAGCCCGUGCGUGCAGCACCGCGAGGCGCAGGGCCACGAGUCCGCCUGCUUCUGCAGCUACUUCCGCCCCGGAGUCGUCUACAGGAAGGGAGCCCUACCCUCCGACCACAGGCACGUCCAGACCAACACGUACGACAUCCAGCGGCUACUGCACGUCCGGGGCACAAAGCACGUUUCGGCCACCGAGGUGGAGCUGUCCUGGAACAGCUUUAACAAGGGGGCUGUCUUCCUGUUGGACCUGGGCAAGGUGAUGAUCCAGUGGAAUGGGCCCAAGACCAGCGCCUCCGAGAAGUCCCGGGCGCUGGCCCUGACCCGCAGUCUCCGGGACAGGGAGCGCGGAGGUCGCGCACAGAUCGGGGUGGUGGAGGACGAGGGCGAAGCCGGCGACCUCAUGCAGAUCAUGGAGGCUGUGCUGGGCCGCAGACCGGGCAGCCUGCACGCCGGGGUGCCCACCAAGAGCACCGCCCGGCCGCACGAGGCCACGGUCCGCCUCUCCCGCAUCUUCGAGGAGGGCGAGGACCUGGUGAUCCAGGAGGUGGCCACUCAGCCGCUGACCCAGGACCUGCUGCAGGAGGAGCCGCGUCCUUGCUCCCAGGCCUGCUACAUCCUGGACCAGGCCGGCUCGAAGAUCUUCGUGUGGCAGGGCCGCAGGUGCAGCCUCCCAGAGAAGCGGGCGGCCUUCAGCCGGGCGGAGGGCUUCAUCCGGGCCAAGGGCUACCCGAUGUACACCAACGUGGAGGUGCUGCACGACGGCGCCGAGUCGGCUGCGUUCCAACAGCUCUUCCGGACGUGGUCCAGGGCGCCCGGCGGGCCCCGGCGGCCGGGCGGGCGGGGCGCGGCGGUUCAGGUCAAGCUGGACUCGGGCAGGCUGCACAGCCAGCCUGAGCUAGCCGCCCAGCUCAGGAUGGUGGACGACGCGUCCGGGAAGGUGGAGGUGUGGUGCCUCCAGGACUCACGCAGGCAGCCCGUGGACUCCAAGCAUCACGGCCGGUUGUGUGCAGGCAACUGCUACCUCAUCCUCUACACCUACGAGAGGCUGGGUGUUGUCCACUACAUCCUGUACCUGUGGCAGGGCCACCAGGCCUCCGCCGCUGACGUCCGGGCCCUGACCCACAACGCAGAGGAGCUGGAGCUGGCGUACCAGGGAGCGUUGGUGCAGGUGCACGUGACCAUGGGCAGCGAGCCCCCCCACUUCCUCGCCAUGUUCCGGGGCCGGCUGGUGGUCUUCCAGGGGAGCGCUGGCCACGGCGGCCAGGAGCAGCCGGCACCCACCCCCAGGCUGUUCCACGUGCAGGGCACUGAGCCGCACAGCACCAGCACCAUGGAGGUGCCAGCCCGGGCCUCGGCGCUCCGCUCCAGCGACGUCUUCCUGCUGCUCACAGCCACUGUGUGCUACCUCUGGUUUGGGAAGGGCUGCAGCGGCGACCAGCGGGAGAUGGCACGCACAGUGGCCACGGUCAUCUCGCAGAACGAGGAAGUGACGGUGGAGGGUCAGGAGCCUCCCCACUUCUGGGAGGCCCUGGGAGGCCGAGCCCCCUACCCCAGCAAGAAGAGGCUCCCGGAGGCGGCGUCCGGCUUCCAGCCCCGGCUGUUUGAGUGCCGCAGCCCGAGGGGCCGCCUGGUCCUCUCCGAGGUGGCGUCCUUCAGCCAGGAGGACCUGGACCAGCACGACGUCCUGCUCCUGGACACCUGGCAGGAGAUCUUCCUGUGGCUCGGGGCAGCCGCAGGUGAGCGGAAGGCAGCGCUGGUGGCCUGGGGCCGGGAGUACCUGGAAACCCACCCGGCAGGGAGGAGCCUGGCCACGCCCAUCCUGCUGGUCAGGCAGGCCCGAGAGCCUCCCACCUUCACCGGCUGGUUCUCGUCUUGGGACCCCUACAGGUGGACGGGGAGGGGCCCGCCCUGGCUGGGUCCUCCGCCUCAGGCCCCUCCCACGGUGCUCAUCCUCCUGCCCCAGGGCAACCAGUCCUCCCAGGAGGUGGUGGAGGCCAGCUCGGGGGCAGCCCCCGCCCUCUCUGAGGUCACAGCGGAAGUCAGCAACUUCCAGCUCUCCCAGCUGGUCAAGGGCAGGCCGGGUCCCGUGGCUCCGCAGGCCCCCGCAGGCUCCCAGGACAGCUCCGAGAGCCAGCCAGAGCGGGGCCCCAGGGCGGUCAGCGGGGCCCUGCCCCGGGACAGGCUCAUGCACCAGGCGGCGGAGGACCUGCCCGAGGGCGUGGACCCCACCCGCAAGGAGUUUUACCUCUCAGACUCGGACUUCCAAGACCUCUUUGGGAAAUCCAAGGAGGAGUUCUACAGCAUGGCCAAGUGGAGGCAGCAGCGGGAGAAACAGCAGCUGGGCUUCUUCUGAGCGCAGGCCCUGCCCGCGCCACCCGCACGGCGAAGCCAUCCCGGUCCCCCGCCGCACCGUCAGGGCAGCGACCCGUCAAUAAAAGCUGGGGCCUGUGCCUCACGGCCUCUCUGGGGCCAGGGCUGUCAGUGCUCUCUGCACCCUGUCCUGCC